UCUGAAUCAGCCCAAAAGAUCAAAAAAACGCCAUGCAAAUUUAACGUUGGAUAAAAUGAUGGAAAAAUUCCUGCAACAGAGCGUGGAUACAGAAGAGAAGUUUUACAGAUAUGAAGAGCAGAGGCUCAAAAUUGAGGACAAGCGUCGGGAAGCUGAGCAUGCUCGAGAGCUCCAGAUGUUACAGAUGUUGGGACAGAUGUUGGCAGGAAUUUCUUCUACGGUAUCACAAAGGUCGCAAUCGAUACCAGCAAGUCCACCUCAGAGAGCGAACCAUCGUUCAUAUGGGGAUAACUUUAAUUAUAAUGCUAUGACAGCAGCACUUUCUCCACCGAUAGUUAUAGAGAGAUCUUUUUCACUGCACAGAACACACUCUCUAAAGGAUAUGGAAAAUAUUUUUCAACUGGUGCGCAAUGUUAUCCCUCCUCUAACAGGGAAAAGGCAUAAAGGUCAAGAUGGACGUGUAGGCAUUGUUGGAGGAUGCCAAGAAUACACUGGAGCACCGUAUUUUGCUGCAAUUACAGCUCUCAAAGUGGGUGCAGAUUUAUCCCAUGUGUUUUGUACCAAAGAUGCAGCAACAGUAAUCAAAUCAUACAGUCCAGAGCUGAUUGUUCAUCCCGUUCUUGAUAGUCCCAAUGCUGUUCAUGAGGUGGAAAAGUGGUUACCACGGCUGCACUCGGUUGUCAUAGGACCUGGCUUAGGUAGAGAUGAAGUUCUACUUGAGAACGCUAAGGGUAUUAUAGAAAAAUCAAAAGUGAAAGGAAUUCCUAUCAUUAUUGAUGCUGAUGGACUGUGGCUCAUUUCCCAGCAGCCUUCUCUUAUUCAAGGCUACCAGCGAGCUAUUCUUACUCCAAACUAUAUGGAGUUUAGUAGACUAUAUGAAGCCAUGCUUAGAGACCCUGUAGACAGUAGUGAUCAUCAUGGAUGUGUGUUAAGACUCAGCCAAGCCAUGGGGAAUUUGACAAUUGUUCAAAAGGGAGAAAGAGAUCUUAUUUCAGAUGGAGAGAAAGUGCUUGUAUGCAGUCACGAAGGAAGCAGCCGGAGAUGUGGUGGACAGGGGGACCUCCUUUCUGGUUCUCUUGGAGUCUUAGCGCACUGGGCAUUUCUUGCUGGAGCAGAAAAAACAAAUGGUCAAAAUCCCUUUCUAGUGGCUGCAUUUGGAGCUUGCUCUCUUACGAGGCAGUCUAACCACCAAGCCUUUCAAAAAUUCGGACGUUCAAUGACUGCCUCUGACAUGGUUUCAGAAGUUGGAACAGCUUUUAACAAACUUUUUGAAACCUGAAGCCAAAGCAGCAGAGAAGACAAGGAAGAACAAUGACUGCAAGAGUAAUUACAUUUACAGUAGAAUUUACAUAAGUAAUGCACCCUUUCAAGUGCUGUAGCAGCAUUGGUAUGCUAGGUAGAUUUUUUUUUUAUUUUUAAGAAUAGAAAAAUAUGAUUAAUGUAGAUAUUUUUUAAGAGUUUGGAAUACAGAAAUGUUUUGGCUGAAAUAAGCUGUAGUUGCAGAUCUGUUAUAAUAUAAUAAAACUAAACUGAAAGUAUUCCUCUGUUCUUUUUGAUAGUUAUUGAGCAAUAACUAAAGUGUGAACAGCAAAAAAAAAAAAUAAAUGCACUUGAUACUU